UACAUAAAAACAAAUUAAAAUCAAUUUCGAUGAUGAGUUUACCAAAUGGUGUCGAUAUGUCAAAUUUAAUGUCACAGCAUCCAGUUUUAGGAGCUUUACCUCCAGCGUUCUUUUUGCGUGCCGCAUCAGAAAGAUAUCAGAGAACGCCAAAAUGUGCCAGAUGUAGAAAUCAUGGAGUUGUGAGUGCACUUAAGGGUCACAAAAGGUAUUGUAGAUGGCGAGAUUGUGUUUGUGCAAAAUGUACAUUAAUUGCUGAACGACAACGUGUAAUGGCAGCGCAGGUUGCUCUUAGACGUCAACAGGCACAAGAAGAGAAUGAAGCACGUGAAUUAGGAUUAUUGUAUACAGUGCCACCAUCAACACAAGUACCACAACAAUCAUCACAGAAUGGUCAACAAACUGGCCAACAACAACAUCAACAAUCAAAUACACCAAAUGGUGAUAGUAAUAAUGGUAAUGGACAACAUAAUACACAUUCAAGUGUUUUUCAUUCUGGUAUACCAUCACCACCAAGUGAAUUAGAUGGUAAUUCACAGAGAUUAUCACAAUUUAGUGCUGGCUCUGGUUGUGGUGGUGGUAAUGAUUCUGAUUUAGAUUCAAAUCGCAUAAGUCGAUCAGAUCGUUUAGGAAUAACAUUUUCACCAGGCCGAACAGAUAUUGAAAGUCCAGGAUCAAAACGUGCUCGACUUUCAAAUGAAACCGAUCAAGAUACUGGCUCAGAAUCAUCACCAAGUAGCCCUCAUAAUAUUCAUAAAAAUAUUUCAUUUAAUUUACCUGGGCAAUUAUCACCGGCUAGAACAACAGGAAGACCUAGUUCACCAGAAUCAGAUUUAGAUGUUGAUUCAGCUCCGGAUGAAGCUACACCAGAAAAUCUUAGUUUAAAAAAAGAUGAUUCAACAUCCCCUCCUAAUACACCAUUAGAUAAUUUAACACUUUUGAGAAGUCACCAUCACCAUCAUCAACAUCACCAGCAGCAUCACCAUCAACAACAGCAACAACAACAACAUCAUCAUCAUCAGUUACCACAUCACCAAAAUGGAACGAAUACACCAAAUUUAUCUCCAGCGGCAGCGGCGGCUGCAGCUGCAGCUGCAGCAAAUAUUGUUAAUAGCACCCAAGGAUUUAUACCAUAUCAUCAUUCGCAAUAUUUGAAUAGUCAAGGAAUUACAACAGCUGCAGCUACUGCAGUAGCUCAGCAACAACGCUCACCAGUUGAUGUUUUACUUAGAGUUUUUCCAACACGACGUCGUACCGAAGUUGAACAAUUGUUACAACGCUAUCGAGGCGAUGUUGUUCAAUGCAUGGAAGCAAUGUUAUCUGGUGAAGAUAUAGUGCAAGCAAUGAAUAGUAUUGCUCCAGCACCAUCACCACCAUUUCCACUAAAAUCUGCAUUUUCACCACUUGUGCCACCAGCUGCUGUAUUCGGUUCUCCAACAAAUCGUUAUUCUUUUAUGCAAGCACAUGCAAAAAGAUUUUUGGCAGCUCCAUAUACCGGAACAGGCUAUUUGUCUUCAAUUAUUCAAUCAGAAAGUGACCAAUCUGAAUCAAAUGGUGCUACAACAGAUCGUAAUAGUAAUCCUGGAGAUGGCCGGGAAGAAUGA